AUGCCAGGGACGAAGACCGCCGCGGACCCAGAAGAGACGAUGAGCGGAGGAAGAGAUCGAAGUCGCGAGACACCCCUGACAGACGGAAAGAGCGGAGCAGAUCCAAAGAGAAGCCGCCGCGUGAUCGAGACCGCGAUCGCGACAGGAACAGGGACAGGGAACGUGAGCGUGAACGAGAACGAAACAGAGGUGGACGGGACCGAGAUGUCAACGGCCACAGCCGGCGAGAGCGGAGCAGAAGUCGCGACAGGCAUCGAGAUUCUAAAGGUAAUGGCCACUCCACUGAAGAUAUUUUCCUGCGCUCACACGACCCAGAUCACCGAUCUGAACGCCCACAUCGACGCUCCCGAUCACGUUCACCAGCCAGGAAUAGUGGUCGCGAUCCUGUACGCACACGCUCCCCUCUUCGACGAAGUGAUCACGAUCGGGCCAGGCCUCGGGACCGGAACAAGCCCGACGAUGAAGGGCCAAGAGCACCGAAACCGAUAG